CGCGUUAGUCAGGGGAAUAGUCUAUACACGUAGAACAGAUUUACUACGAUAAGAAGAGAGUGUCAAAAAAUCGAUAGUGUUUUACAACCCCAUCGGAAGUUAUUGGGUGUUUGGUGACCUUGAAACUCAUUCGGAAGUCGGCAUGACCUUGGGUAAUCAGGUGUUGGUCUUCUUCAUUAUGGCAUUUGUUGACUGACUUAUGCUUCGCUGUGGAGAAACGCCACACCUCUCAUAUGCUGAUUUUCACUAUGAUGCUGGGAAAUUUAUUACAGCUGUCAAGAAGUUGUUUAUCUAAUGACAUUUCAGAAGUCUUUCAUUUUUUUAAUUUACCACUGCCAAACCACCCAGAGAUAAUUGGGAUAUCAGGAAUUUUUCGUAAUGCAAAAACACAAAUCGGUCUUUUGGAUGUCGUUUUGUAUGCAGCCUGCACAUUGGAUAGUAAUCUUCUAACUUCCCGACAAGCAGGCUUUGGAAUGGACCAGUAUGACUUCUUCCUAGGGGGUGCCUGUAAUCCCACAACAUGGAGGAAAGAUGUGGUGAUUCCUAUACUCGAAAGUCUCGGUUUGUCGUAUUAUAAUCCACAAGUUGAUGUAUGGUCACCAGAGCUUAUAAAAUUGGAAAAAAAUGCCAAGUUUUCAUCUGACAUACUGUUAUUUGUUUUCGAAAACUGGAAGACGAGAGGGCUAGUUAGUCUGCUGGAAGUUAUUUAUCUUGCUUCCCAAAGAAAGCCUUUGGUAGUAACAGUAUCCAAAUUUGAAGAUACUGGUCCUCUUUUAAUAGCUGGUGAAAGUAUUGAUAAGUUAGAAUACUAUUAUCUAGAGGAAGCUAUGAAUUAUUUUCUGCAAACAAUCAAGCGUCUCAGGAUUCCAUGUUUUUCAGAUGUUGAAACUGCUGUGAAUCAUGCGGUCCGUAAUAGCCAUUUGAGGUUUAAAUCGUCAGGGAAUUUGACUCAUGAAGAGAAAAAAUCAAUUGAUAAAAUACAAUACGUAUCUCGUGUACUUCGCCGAAUAAUUGGAACGAUUCCCAAGUCAGCCGACAGUCAAUUUGUUUACGAGCAAGUACGCCAAGGUUUUCAAUCCUUAAAUAUAGAAUUAACAGAUGACAGAGAUUUUGUCAAAUACUGGAAUAAGGCUGACCGUUUGGAUCUGUUAUAUUCCCUGUAUGCUGAGCAUGUAUUGAACCGAAAAUCACCUGCAUUACUUUCUAAUUUCAAUGUAUACCUUACAUCCAAAUUAUUGAAUAAUUCUGAAACGUCUGAAUCUUGUCUUUCUAACAAACGAUUAGUGAAGUCAGGAGAAUCGAAUUCACUUAUUGAUUUAAUGGAAUCUCAAUUCGAUGAAAGAUUAUUAUACUCCUUUUCUCAGUCUGUAGUGAACACAAGUGUUUCGAUGUCGAAAGAUUUUUGGGCGUCUGGCAACUUAGCUGCAGGUAGCUCAAGUAUCAGAGUUUCAUGGUUGGCUCGUGGCCCCCACCCCAUCAGUGUGCGAGACGAGGUUUGAGAACAUCGUAUUGUUUGAGACGGAAGAUUUUGGUGUCAGCUUGUGAUAAUCCAGCAUAUGAAACAGGUUUCUGGUCGGAAAAGUUGUGGAACAACCAAGACCUAGCUCGAGGACAUUUGGGAAACUCUGACUGAAAUCAGAUACCGUACCCGGGUUUUGGAUUUGGCUACAAAUAGCAUUUAUAAGUAAGUUUUUUUAACGUGAGACUGCGGAACCAAUCGAGAUUCAGAAGAUGUAGAUAAUUAGAAUUUUACACUAUUCCAAAAGAAUACAUAAUCCACAUUUUUCGAUUCUGUCUUCUAUUGAUAUGCAACAUCUUUUAUAAUUCUCUUUUCCUCCUGUUUAUUGAUACAGCCUGAUACUUCUUCGCAUGGUGAUUCACGUUGUGCAUCGAUUAAAUCCAGUACUUGUUCGUCAUCAUCACUGCCACCACUAAAAAAACCGGAUUUAAACAAUACUCGGAAUACUGUAGAUUUAAAAACAGAUAUAUACAUUGCAGGAAUUUCAGAAGAAAAUAAACAUAGUCAAUUUUUGUGGGAUAACAGAAUAAUGCCGAAGUUGGCUAAAGUGAAUUUAUCACACUAUAGAGCAAUAGAAAAGACUGUUUGUCCAUCCAUUGGAAAUAACGAGGAUUUUCUAAAUUGUCAUGAAGAUUUGGAAAGCAAACAGUUAGAAAUUCGUCAGAAUAGUAAACUUUUACUGUAUAUAAUUGAUAAUAACUCCUUCCAUUUAGUUACUAUGUUAGAGGCGGUUUAUUCAAUGGGAUGUCAUUUGCCAGUCGUCCUUUUUGUACAAAUGUUUAAUUCUUCUUCUAGUGGCUGUGAAAUUCCGCUUGGAAACUCCAAGCCUAAUUCUCUGCAUAAAUUCAUCUCCAGUGAUUUUAAAACUCGACAACUCCCGGUAGGUUCAUUAUUUUUUUUCAUUUAAUGCUUAUCUCAAAUAAAUUUAUAGAUGAAGAGUUUAAUCGAUAUGAAAAUUAAAAGUAGCACUACUAGCAGCAGCAGUAGUAGUAGUGGUGCUUCAAGUGAUUUUACAGGCACAAAUUCAUCCCUCUCUGAAGAAGAGUUAUCACAAAGGUCAAGUUCUUUAGAGUUUGGAAUUAUUCCUGAUAUCUAUCAGUCGACUAAACGUUCUAGUAAUACUAUGAAUUGUUCAAAUGUAAAAUCAUCUGAAAUUCUAUCAUUCCAAGCUAAUGCUGUACAACAUAUGAACAACAACACUCAUUCAUCAUCAGCCAAUAUUAUAACUGUUCACAAUUCCUCAAUAUCACUUUCACAACAGGCUGUCAAUGAUUAUAAUCGUGUUCGUAUGUAUUUGAUCGAUUUAGCUGAAGAGUUGAAUAUCCCUGUGUUUUAUGAUAUUGAAACAGCAAUCAACUUUUGUAUUCAUAAAUUGACUACAUGAUGAGGUUGCACUUUUGACUGUCUGUUCCAUCCAUCCACAUUAUAUCACUAGAGAUUAUUUAUUUUGUUUAAUGCAAUCAAAAUACAUUUAUCUUUAAUGCAUUUUUGCAGGUUUUUUCGGUGUGUUUUCGAUGUCUUCUUCUGUGAUGUCUACUGUUACCUACCACUAUUAUUAUUAUUUUAAUUUAUUGAUUAUUGUUUAUUUUCUAAAUUUUCCUAAUCAUUUAAUACUUGUUUCCUUUUUGUAUAUGUGAUCACCUUUUUUUUCUCCACACAUAAUAUAAAGAGAAAGGAUUUUUUAAACGGAGAGUGUAGUAUUUAGAUCGCUGUACAAUCAUUUCAUUCAUUCUCAGUCGGUGGCACAGUGGUUAGGACUCUCGCCGACCAUGCACAUGGUCCGAGGUUCGAUCCCCUGCCGACGCACACCUGAUAUCUACGGUCAACCUGCGAAAUUUGGGCUACCGAUAUCCAUGCUGAAAAUUCCAUACAUGUACCAAAAAUACGGUGUGGAAUGAAGCUGUAAUCAUAAAAAAUAUAUAAAGAAUGUGAUAGUAAGCUCCUUUUUAUUAUUCCAGAGUCCAUUUUACUUUGACACUGAACAAUGAAUCACUUUCUUAUAAAGUUAGGCAAUUUCGUCAAAAAAUCAUCUCGAAAAGUAUGUAUCGGAUGUUGAUUUCCAAGAAUAUACAUCUUUAAAAACUCUGACAGGCACAGAUGAUAUCCUAUGACUGUUAAUAUCACUUCAUGGUUAGUAAAAUAUGCCUUUAGUCAAUUCACUUUGCAGUCGCUUAUUGUGCCUACUUUGUCAACUUAUUUCCCAGCCAACUUGAAUAUCUUAUGGGGGUCACGAAGCUUAUCAGAAUAUAUUAAGUGAAACCUGUACUCUUUUCUUAGACCAUUUAUUUUGUACUGCUAUAAAGCAUUUUCACGUAAUAUCUUGAAUUUUUUUCGCUUAAAAUUCUGGUCAUUCAGGGUCAUCUGUCAAUUUGAUAUUGUAGGGCUAACUAUUUUUUUGAAUUCAAAACGUUUGAUAUUUAUAGUGUAUAUAUAAGACUUAUUAGUUAUCAUACUGUUUGUGAAUCUUCCUUAUAAUGGCUGAAUGAAUUGUACUUUUUAUUUGUAAUGUCUUUUUUUUACAAUUGUCUGUUAUGCUUUUGUAAUAUAUACCUUGCUUGCUAUGUCUCCGUCUUUACAAUGUUCAACAUUCAUUUGUCCGAUAAAUAUGUAAACUUUUGUGUGUGUGUGUUCGCUUACUGUCUAACGCCUUCAUCCACUUCCUAUUGUAACCAUUUAGCGCUGUGUUUGUCUUUCACGAUUUUGAUAAUAAAAUCUUAUCGGUUU